AGGUGUGUUUUGCUGAUGUGAAACAUCCCUGCUACAAAAUGGCCUACUUCCAUGAACUGUCUAGCCGAGUGAGCUUCCAGGAAGCACGCCUGGCUUGUGAAACUGAAGGAGGUGUCCUCCUCAGUCUUGAGAAUGAAGAUGAACAGAAGCUGAUAGAGAGCAUGUUGCAGAACCUGACAAAACCAGGAACAGGGAUUUCAGAUGGUGACUUCUGGAUCGGACUUUUGAGAAGUGGAGAUGGCCAAACAUCUGGUGCCUGCCCAGAUCUCUACCAGUGGUCUGAUGGAAGCAGCUCUCAGUUCAGGAACUGGUACACUGAUGAACCUUCUUGUGGAAGUGAAAAGUGUGUUGUCAUGUACCAUCAGCCAACUGCCAAUCCUGGCCUAGGAGGUCCCUACCUUUACCAGUGGAACGAUGAUAGGUGUAACAUGAAGCACAAUUACAUCUGCAAGUAUGAACCUGAGAUUCAGCCAACAGACCCUGUUGAGAAGCCUUUUCUUACAAACCAACCUGGAGGCACGCAUGAGAGUGUGGUUGUUACUGAAGCAGGUAUAAUUCCCAAUUUAAUUUAUGUUAUUAUACCAACGAUUCCACUGCUUUUACUGAUACUUGUUGCUUUCGGGACCUGCUGUUUCCAGAUGUUGCAUAAAAGUAAAGGAAGAACAAAAACUAGCCCGAACCAGUCUACACUGUGGAUUUCAAAGAGCACAAGAAAGGAAAGUGGCAUGGAAGUAUAAUAUUUAACUGACUUUGCUCCAGAAAGUAAAAAAAAAAAUAGUUUUGUAAUUCUUGAUCAGUGUAAGGAAUGGCAUCAUUAGCUUGGAAUGGCUUAAAAAAUCUCAAAGGAUCUGCAAGAUGAACUGUAAGCUCCCCCUUGAGGCAAAUGUCAAAAUAAUUUUUAUAUGUUCAUAGUUUCACUUACAAAAUAUGCUGUGUUAAUCAUGGAAUGAGUUGACCUGCCUUUCUCAGCUGAACAAUGCACCAAACGUCACGUAAAUGAAAUGGACCACACAGUAACUUUCAGGGGACAUAUCUGGAAUCCCUGGGUUGGAAUAGUUACAUUUGCUUUUUUUCACCUUCAUAAUUGAUCAGCAUUGAUGUACUUUGUAUAAUAUAAAUUGGAUUCAAAUAUACAGUGUGCAGAAAAAUUCUACCUUUGCAAAAGUGUCUGAUAAAUACAGAGUGUUGGAGUGUUCUAGUAUUUAUAUUUAUGGCAUUUCACUUUUACAUACAUGCUGUUUUGAUUAAAUACUGAAUUCACAUAGACAUAAAGAAAUCUUUCCAUUGGGAAACUUUUUCUUUCUUCCUUUAUUCUUCUUUCUUCCUUCCUUCCUUCCUUCC